AUGACUGCUGAAUUGUCUGGCUUUAAAAGAUUUCUACAUUGGGGUCCAAUUACAGCUAUGAGUAUUAUAAAAUGCAUAACGCUGACAACUUUAUAUAUGAACUCAAUGUGGUGGCCGCCUAAUAUUUCAUUGGGCGCAUUUGUAAAUCAAGCCAUAUUCUUAAUGCUUUCAUCGUUGGCAACCUUUAACUAUGUGAUGGCCACAAUAACGGGGCCAGGUUUAUUGCCACUAAAAUGGAAACCACAGGAUCUAUCUGUCACGGAUCAAUUACAAUAUUGUAAAGUAUGUGAAGGCUAUAAAGCACCCAGAUCUCAUCAUUGUAGAAAAUGUAAUCGUUGUAUUAAGAAAAUGGAUCAUCAUUGCCCGUGGAUAAAUCAUUGUGUUGGUUGGGCAAAUCAUGCCUAUUUCACCUACUUCCUUUUGUUCUCCAUCAUUGGUAGUUUACAUGGUGCCGUAAUAUUGUCUUGUGCCUUUUAUCGUGGCAUCCAUCGUUAUUGGUAUUUGUCACGUGGCCUGGUGCAUUUGGCAACAGUUCAAUUUACUGUCUACAGUAUAAUUAUGUGUAUAUUUGCAAUGGGUUUAGCCAUUGGUGUGGUCAUAGCAUUGGGCAUGCUAUUAUAUUUUCAGAUGAAAUCAAUUUUGAAAAAUCAAACCGGUAUCGAAAUGUGGAUCAUUGAAAAGGCCAUGUAUAGGCGUAUGCAUUAUCCCGAUCUUGAUGAAUUUGUUUAUCCCUACGACUUGGGCUAUAAGGAAAAUCUACGACAGGUUUUCAAAAAUGAAUGCGUUGCAAAGGGUUUGGGAAUCGAGUGGCCAGUUAUACCAGGAUGUGACCAAUAUACACUAACACGUGAACAAAUUGCUCAAAAAUGUGAAAAACGUGCACGCACACGAACCUACAAAUGUAUACGCAAGGCAACCGGUAGCUAUUUACCGCUCUUCUCUCAGGGAUUCCGUGUUUGUUUAUCACCACCCUGUACCGAUGAACCGCGUCUGCGUUUGGAGCCCGAGGACAUAAUAAAAGUAACACGUUUCCGUAAACAUUGGCUGUUUGGUGAACGUGUUGUCAGCGACAAGGAGAAGGAGGUUGAUGCAAAAAAGAUGCCAUUACGUGGCUGGUUUCCACGACGUUGUGCCAUUGAAUUAAUACUACCCAGUCAGCCGGUGACAUCGGAGGAGGAGGAAGAGGCUAGUAAUGUAAAUGAAAAGCCUGUCAAUGGAAAAGCUAAGAAAUUAGAAAACGGCCAUUCACGUAGAAAAGUACAGCAGCAAUCACAACAAAAUGGUCAUAAGAAAAAUAACUGA